AUGGCCGACAGACAGAACCGUGUGGGGUCCAAAAUUGGAGGAGCCGGAGUCGCUGGCGCCUCGGAGUCGAAUGUCGAUAGGAGAGAACGUCUCCGCAAACUUGCCCUUGAGACCAUCGACCUGGCAAAGGACCCAUACUUCAUGCGGAAUCACUUGGGCUCGUACGAAUGUAAACUCUGCUUAACCCUCCACACAAACGAGGGUUCCUACCUCGCCCAUACCCAGGGCAAGAAACAUCAAACCAACCUGGGCCGUCGCGCCGCAAAGGACGCCAUGGAAAAACCCGACCCCCUCGCGCCCCUCACCGCCGCCCAACAACAAGCCCUCAAAUCUUCCACGUCAACACAACCCACAUUCAAACGUAAUAUCAUCAAGAUCGGUCUGCCCGGUUACAAGGUCACCAAGAUCAGGGACCCGACCUCGAGACAGGUCGGGUUGCUGUUCGAGAUUGCGUACCCGGAGAUUGGACAGGGAGUCGAGCCACGGUACAGGUUCAUGUCGGCAUACGAGCAGCAGAUCCAGGCUCCUAACAAGGCACAUCAGUACCUGGUGAUUGCUGCAGAGCCCUAUGAGACGAUUUCGUUCAAAGUCCAGAGCCGGGAUAUUGAUCGGGCGGAGGAGAAGUUGUGGAGUCAUUGGGAUGUGGAUCAGAAGAUGUAUACGAUGCAGUUCUUUUUCAAAAAUGAUCAGAGGUUGUUGAGUUCUAGUCGGAUGGAGAGUGCGCCUGGGUACAGUGUUCCUGGGACGCAGAUGGCUAACCCUUUGAACCCAUUCCAUGCGCCCAUGCGGACUGCUGCCUAA